AUGUCACUGCGAAGCACCUUUGCAUCCGGCGCACUCGUACCCAGCCUGCUUGGUGGGCUAACGGCGAUCUUGGUUCUUCCGUUGUUCAUUUUCGCUACAGGUCCAGUUUCUGGGGCCCACCUCAAUCCUACCAUCACCAUCGCUACAUUCUUCGGGCGUCUGGCCACGCUGCCGCGAUGUAUUCUGUACGUCACAUUUCAGACGUUCGGAGGGGCCAUGGCAGGUUUAUUAUUGAGAGCGAGUUUUGACACAAGAUCUGUAAUUUCCCAUGCCUUUGAUGGCCGCGAAGAACUCAUACUGAUGCAUCUUUACAGUUGCUAUAUUGAUUCUUCAAAAGUCUCAGCAGGCAACGCAUUCGCCAUAGAAUUCACUACAGAUUUCGCUUUGAUCUUUCUCUCGUUCAGUGUCGGUCUUGACCCUCGACAGCGGUCUGUAUUUGGGCCAGCCUUGGGCCCUAUUUUUGUUGGCAUUGUUUUAGGAACGUUCGUAUUGGUUAUACUGGAUUCUGUGAGCUUCCGAACCAUUUUCUGCCAGAUUUGGAAUACUAAUAACCCAAAAGCGGGAAACCCUGCACGGUGCUUCGGGGCAAUGGUUGGCUCGCACUUUGCUUCGUAUCAUUGGAUACAUUGGAUCGCGCCGUUGUGUGCCUCUAUCAUCCACGGGGUUCUAUAUUACUUCAUACCACCUUACUCUCGGAAGAGGAUUUCGGAUGUGACUGACGGUACUUCUUGA